CGGAGUGACUCAGACAGUAUACAAACAAGUCUUACCUAUCAUCUUGACUUCGUGUAAAUUGAGACAGCUCAGGUUGAAUUUGAAGCCUUUGCCCACCUCAUAUCUGAAAAUUGGUUCCCCUAGACAUCUAUCUAUCUUAGUUCAUAACUGAUCUUUUAAACUCGGUUUACACUACUAAUACACCUAGUAAUCAUGGGGUCUAAGCAUGCCUGGAAAGUAGAGCUUCUCCCCUGGGACCAUUCAAGCCCAGAUCAUGUACAGAGGAUGUAUGACCAACGUGUUACUUGUGGGUGGAGGGCUGACGAAGUACCAUCGUGGGUAGAGGCUGCACAGAAAGGUGGAAAGAUAUUUUACUGGGUUCUCCUUUCGGAUGCUUUUCCGGAUAGAGAAAAGGUACUCGAGCAGCACACUAGUGCCUAUUCGAAGGAGGCAAGCCCGUUGAGGGAUACAGCAGCAGAAAUUCGGCUCGUCCCGCGGCAGCCAACCAUGGUGGAGUUUAUCCCUAUUGGCCAUGUUGCUCUCGAUGUCCACGAACCCGAUGAGGACAUCAAACUUGGCCUUCCAGCUACCGGGACCGUGUGGGUUCAUCAACUGUACAUUUCGCGGGCGCUCCAUGGAGGUGGAUUUGGUGCCGGAGCCAUGUCCAAAAUUGAGACGCUAGCCACGCGAAGCCCAAUGAAUGCAAAAAUAGUAGCUUUGGACACCCUAUCAAAGGAAAUGCAGACCGAACCAGAGAUACGAGACCUCCUAUAUGGGGAAGGACGUAUUCCUCCGCCAGUGGUUUCCAAUGAAGACUGGUAUAUCGGUCAGGGGUACGAGGUACUUCGACGAGAGAAAGGUGCAUACAUAUGGAACCCGCACGAAGGAAUCAGUGCAUCCAUGAACCUUGUGUAUAUGAAAAAGUCGGUUGCUUGAGCAAUCCUGGGUUUCGGAUAGGUCCAAGGGAUAUUGGAUAGAAUGUCACUCCCUUUCUUU